AAGCCGGCGUGCGGAGCGGCUCGGCGCGGCGAUGGAGACGGGCGGCUGCCGCAUGGGCGGAGCGGGGCCCGGCGGCCCGGCCGCGAUCACGCUGGAGGAGCUGGACGGGCUGGCCGAGGAGAGCCCCGACUCGGCUUACCACAGCCACGGCAGCAGCCUGGAGGAGGAGGCGGCCGAGCGCAUGGAGGACGAGGAGCAGGAGCGGCUGCUGAACUACUGGCAGAGCGUGGGACGGGGGCACCAGGUGGACGUGCCCCGCGACAUGGCAGAGCCCAUCCAGCAGCUGACCAGGAAUAACAACCCCCAGGAGAGGCAGAGCAUCCCCUUCACCCUGAUCCAGCGCAAGGAGAAGCUGGGAGAUCUGCUCUACGAGAAGAGGCAGUAUGGGAAAGCCAAGUGGGCUUGUAUCAGAAUGAAAGAGAAGCAGUACGAGCAGAGCAUCUGCCUCGGAUUCAUGAAGCUCAUGAGGUACAUCUGUGAGCAGAACUCCUCAGGGCUGUACCUGGGGAUCACCGUGCCCAUCGUGACCAUCGUGCACACCAACGAGGCGCAGUCGGCGAUGACACAGGCGGUGACAGUGGCCUAUUACCUGCCCGAGGUGCUGCAGGACGAGCCCCCACACCCCUUCGACUCCGACAUCAUCAUCGAGGAGUGGCCUGCCACCAUCGUCUACAGCAGGAGCUUCCGAGGGAUCACCAACGAAGAUUCCAUCAUGAGAGAGAUCAACCUGCUGGCAGCCAUCCUGGAGAGCCCCGAGCUGUGCCUGCAGGACACCUUCAUCAUCGCCGGCUACACCAACCCGGCUGCUGCCAACCGCCACAACGAGAUCUGGUUCCUGCAGCGGCCCUGAGCUGCUGCUGCUCCUGCUGCUGCCCCAUGGAGCCUCCUCCUGCUCCUCCUGCCCCACGGAGCCUCCU